AGGCGUCCGGGACCUGACGGUUGCUAGGGUGACAGUGAUACAACAUGGCGGCCGUAUCCUAACGCUUUCUGUCGGGGGCCAGCGCGGAGGUCCUAGGUCCGGACCCUGCUUCAGAGGAGUGGAAGCAGGGGGGCGUCCUUUCCGGCCCUUUCUUCUCCGUCUGGUGUCGGCAAGGGCUUGUCGUCGGCUUCCGUAUCCAGGAUGAAGAGCUAUAAAGCGGUUGGCAAAAUCGGAGAGGGGACGUUUUCCGAGGUGACGAAGAUGCAGAGCCUGAGGGACGGCGGCUACUACGCGUGCAAACAGAUGAAGCAGCGUUUCGAAAGUAUUGAGCACGUGAACAACCUGCGGGAGAUACAAGCUCUGAGGCGCCUGAAUCCGCACCCAAACAUUCUUACGUUGCACGAAGUGGUUUUUGACAGAAAAUCUGGCUCUCUUGCACUCAUAUGUGAACUUAUGGACAUGAAUAUUUAUGAGCUAAUACGAGGGAGAAGACACCCAUUAUCAGAAAAAAAGAUUAUGCACUAUAUGUACCAGUUAUGUAAAUCCCUUGAUCAUAUGCACAGAAAUGGAAUAUUUCACAGAGAUGUAAAGCCAGAAAAUAUAUUAAUAAAGCAGGAUGUCCUGAAGUUGGGGGACUUCGGAUCUUGCCGGAGCGUCUACUCCAAGCAGCCCUACACGGAGUACAUCUCCACCCGCUGGUACCGUGCCCCAGAGUGUCUCCUCACCGACGGCUUCUACACCUACAAAAUGGACCUGUGGAGUGCUGGCUGCGUGUUCUACGAGAUCGCCAGUCUGCAGCCUCUCUUCCCCGGAGCCGAUGAGCUGGACCAGAUCUCAAAAAUCCACGUCAUCAUCGGCACGCCGCCUGGGAAGACCCUCGCCAAGUUCACACAGUCGAGAGCUAUGAGUUUUGAUUUUCCUUUUAAAAAGGGAUCAGGAAUACCUCCACUGACAGCCAGUCUGUCCCCGCAGUGCCUCUCCCUCCUGCGCGCAAUGGUGGCCUAUGAUCCCGAUGGGAGAAUCACUGCCCACCAGGCCCUGCGGCACCCCUACUUCCAGGAGCAGAGGGCAGCUGAGAAGCAGGCUCUGGCUGGCCACAGAAAAGCUUUCUUUCCAGAGCGCCCUGUGGCUUCAGAACUACUCAGUAACCGCUGGCACGUUGCCAAGGAGGACAGAAAGCAGGUACUGAGUGAAGAAACAGUCCCUAAAGCCAGAGGCGGACCAUCCCAAGAGACCAGGCCCAGCGUACGUCAUGGAACUGCCCAGACUGAAGCUUUCAGGACUGACCGAACCAUCCUCGUACCCCAGCCCUGCGCUGCACCCCAUGUUCGGCCCGGGGCCCAGCAGGAAAGGGCCGGGGCUGAGGCCCCUCGAGUGUGUUGGCGCCCGCCAGAAGGUAGCCCAUCGCGCUCGCUCCCCGUGGCCCACGGCUCUCGCGCCGGCCCCGCUGAGUGUCUGUUUCCUUCAACAGACGGAUGCGCACAAGGACACGAAGCCCGACGUAAAGCAGUACCGCCUGCCCUCGAUCCAGAGGAAGGGCUGGGGGCGCUGAGACUCCGGGGCCGGCUCGCCCCUGGGAGCGGAGACUGAGUGUGGCCGGGCUGGCCCUCGGAUCGCCGCAGAGCCCCGGAGGGAGGGCUGCGGGGAGAGGCCUGGCGUGUCCCCCUCGCAGAGCCUGGCGUCCCCGGAGGCACUGCCCCGCCGGCCAGCCGGCGCCCCCUCGGCCUGGAGCCCCCAGCCUGCGGCUCCCUCCGGGUGUCCUGAGAGCGGCUGUCCUGUGCUCCAGCCAACACAUUCGUAAAACUACCUCAGUCCGGGCUUUCUUCUCAUGUUUCCAACUGAGAAAUUUGGGGCAGAGAAUAUUUUGUAAUUUUUUUAAAAAUCUGAAUCAAAACAGAAGUCGGAGUUUAUACACUGUUAUUUAGGCUUGGUUUCAGCACAGGCUCUGCACGUCGUGCCUUCUUUAGAUGUCACCAGUCGCACGGGCACGUCGCAGUUCCAUCACGCUGUCAGAGUUUUAUUAAAGAAUAAGCUAUCCGUGUGAUAUUUUAAUAUUUUCUGAGCUAAACGUGUCCUCACAUGCAUUUCUCUAUCUUAGGUCUUGGGAACAUAUGUGGGAAUUUAUUUUGUUGGGAAGGCUUUGGUACAGCUUAGUUUUGUGGCACUUGAGAAGCCAGAGGCUCUGCCUGGGUGCGUGUGGCCUUGGUGCCCUGGGGAGCUGUGGCCAGACGAGGCCGCCACGCGUGGGGCGCGUCAGAGCACCGGCUUCCCCGCGGCCUCUCGUGUUGGCUCCACAGUAGAGAUGCCGCUUUGCUUUGCCGCGGGCCCGCCUGCUGGGCAGAGGCCAGGCCCCUCCUGAGCCCGGUUUUGUCUUGGGAUGUAGCGUAGUGACACCUUCGUUUUCUUGUCUUCACAAAUGUACACCAUUAAGAAAAAGCAAAUUUCCCAGGUUAGUUUUAGUCUUCUUAUUCCCUCUUUUAAGACAAAUCUGUGAUGUUCUUCCCCACGCUCUCCAGUGGCUACCGCCUCUGACCUGCCUGCCAGGUCAGGGGUAGGCCGGGGGUCCCAGGCUGGCCCGGCCGAAGGGCUGAUUCAGCACCAGAAACGACACCUCAUGUGUUGGGGGCACAUGAAGAGGGGCUGGAAAGAGCUUCCUUUGAGCCCAUUUAACACCCUGGCAGAAGCUUCCAGAUUCCCUGUUGUGGCGGGGGGCUCUCUGGGUCAAGAGGGGCACCGCUCUGCCUCUGCGGAGGCCUGGGAUUUCCGGGGCCCCUGGGAGCUGAGGCAGGGAGGAGCCAGAGCCGGGUGGCGCUGGGGCUGAGCGGCAGGAGGGCCAGAGAGACAGGAGCAGAUUCCUGGGAUUGCAGAAGGCCCUGCAGGGCCUGCGCGCCCACACUCUGAACCCAGGCCAGGGAGGCUGCUGGAGAACCAGGCCCCUGAUGGGCAGUGGCUCACGGGGCAUGAUCCUGUCCUCGAGGACUGGCCCUAAGGACCAUUUAAGGACUGACAAGAAUUUGUGUAUUUAGGAAAACUAUUACCCCGUAAGUGUAUAGAACUCAAGAGGAAAAUCUUUAAAGUUCUCCCGCAUGCCUUUCUGAGAAAGCAGACUUGUCCCCACGGAGGGCCUCUCUGGGGCAGGCCAGGCCCUUGGGGGUGCGACCUGUCCACCUCUGAAGCUCUUUUGGCUUCAGGUUGGUCUCUGGAAGAUAAGGCUGGGAGGCAGUCAGCCCGGAGCCAGGAGCCCGGAGCGCAGCCACACCAGGCUCCAAAGCGGGCACAGCCAGUCCAGCCCCCUACGCACUGGCAUCCACGGAGGAGCAGGCCACGCUCUCCCUUCCGGCACCCACCCAGCCGCCCUCAGCAUGGGAGCCAGUCCCCGGGCAGCUGGAAUGGCUCUGGCUGUGCCUGGCCUCCAGGCCCUGUGCGGGGCCCGUGCGGGAGGCCGCCUAUACCCACUGUCGAGGCCCUGGUGGGUCUCCUCUCACUCCAGGCUGGCAAGGUGGUAAAGGGGACCUGAAGGCCAGGUGAGCCUUUGCGGGCAACGCUCUUCCCGUUGGCGGGCAACGACAAAGCCCAGGGCACCGCCUCCGCUCCUCCCCCAAGGGGCCCUCCUGCCGUGAGCCCCAGAAGGCAAGAGGGCACGGCCCGGGUGCCCAGGCGUGGAGGUGCGGCCCGGGGUGCUGGUCCCAGAGCUCCCGCUGACCGCUCCUUCACGUGUGAACCUGCUUGUGGAGUAGAAAGAGGGAAGGCGACGCCACCCAAGGGACCUGGGCGCGGCUGCUCCCUGCUCCCUGCCCCCGGCACUGGGGACACUCGUGGGCCUGCCGCGUUUCCUCUGGCUGCUGGCAGGCUCACUGACUCCCGGGCCCGCAGCCUUGGCCCCCUCUUAGCUUCCCUUGGACCCGUCCCCACGCGGGCAGCACGCCUUCACCGGCCCCAGACGUGUACGAAAGCUCAAGGCAGCAAGUAAAAGCGAACCCAAGUCGUGCUGAGCCUUCCCUGGCUUCGGUGGGUGAUGGAUCUCGGGGUUGGCCUGGGGGCCCCCUGCCCGGGACCUGCCAGGUGCUGCGUGUCCGCGGUGGCGGGAAUUUGGGGGGGAGUGGAGGGGUGGGGGAGGGCAGCUACAAGGCAUUUGGAAGCCACCUUGGACUACUUGGUCCAAGAGCCAUAAAUUAGUUCCCACUACAGAUGCAUCAUCGACAGCAAACCAGGACCCAUCUGACAGCUUCGCCCAGCAGCCUGAGCCCAGGGGGCCGGGCAGGGGGCUGAGCCAGGACCGCCCAUCUCCAGAGAUGUGAAAGGAGGGAUGGGGGCGGGGGGCACGGCUAGGGCGUCCAACCCAACAGAGCCUGAACUUUAACACACGUGACCGUUGCCCUCAUGCCCAGAUUUCCACCUGUCACUUCUGGAAAAAGGAGCCCAGCCCAGAGGAUCCCAGGAUGAAUGCUGGACUCCAUUCUCUGGCCUGGGCCUUGGCUGACCUGCAGCAGUAUGUGGGCCCCCGCAGGUGUCCCUGGACCCAGCAGGUGGGGUCUUCUGUGUCCUUGAACACGCCUAGAAGCCAGCACUUUGGUCGCCAUGACAGGCCAUCCAGAAUGUGCAGGUCACUUUGAAUGUAUGUUAUUGAUAAAUUCGGACUCUCUCGCUCGAGACAAUGCGGGGUCUGUUUCCCGGCGUUCCCUUUCCCCAGAGUGCCUGUCCCGGGGACCCAGGGGCUCCACGAGCUGCAGAAGCGUUGGUGGCCCAGCCUCUCCUCUCCCAGUGCCUCGGACACACGGCAGCUCUCGGAGGCAGGUGCUCGGUUUUCCGGCUCUGCCGAGCGGACAGGCCCCAGAUCUAACGUGCUCGCUUCGAGAGCUGUGUUUCGGACACUCCGUGGCUCAGUCCCACCGGAAAAAAAUGCCUUCCACGGGUGCAGCUGCGGAUGACGGUCCAAGUGACAGCCUUCUGCUUGGCGAUUCCCGCCGCCGGGGCAUCCACUGGUGGGUGGGUGUGGCGGGACCCACGCCCAGAGCUGCUCUGGAGCCAGUCUCAAGCCGACACCCGUCCCUGACAGUCCCCACACCCUGGACUCGCCAGAAGCCGCGAUGACGUCUUGUGGCCACGGGCUUCCGGUGAAGACAGACCGCGCCCAAGGACUUAAAGCUGGGAGGAGAAAGGGGUUCGCUGGCGGUCACCCCCCCACUCCUCACGCUGCAGAAGAGCCACAGAACUCUCCAGAUGAGCCGUGCUUCUG